CAGUCUACGUCGACCAGCUGACACACUGAGUCAAGCCAGAUAUCGUUUCGGUGUCAAUCUGAUGAUCAAAACUUCUCAAUCAGAAAAAAACUUCUUGGAUGAACUGUUUUCUCCAGCGGGGGACACACGAGAGGUGGCAGUAUGUGGUAUGUGGAUUCGGACCGCUGCUUUCAUUUCUCAUCUCUCCCAGACUUUGGGCUCAGUCCCAAUGCUCAAAGAAGGAAGUUGGCAGCAUGGGGUGUAUGAAGUCCACGCUGGGGGACAGUCUGAGCGGUGGUGUGGAGGGGAAGACCGGCCAGCAGACUGACGCCUCCCUGUUACCUGGCCAGGUGUUCCAAAAGAUGGAAGAGCAAAGUGGGGUCUGUAAAAUUGUGAUCAGCCUUUACCCUUAUGAAGCUGUGCAUCCUGAAGAUUUAGGAUUCAACACAGGAGAUAAGAUGAAGAUCUUAGAGGAACACGGGGAGUGGUGGAAAGCAAGGUCACUGGCCACCAACAAAGAAGGAUUCAUCCCGUGCAAUUACGUCGCCCAAACGGACACCAUGGAAACAGAGGAGUGGUUUUUCAAGGGCAUGGCGAGGAAGGAUGCGGAGAGGCAGCUCCUGGCGCCCGCCAACAAACCCGGCGCUUACCUCAUCAGGGAGAGUGAAACUCCAAAAGGAAGUUACUCGCUGUCCAUCAGAGACGUGGGCGCCCAAGGGACAGAUUCGGUCAAGCACUAUAAGAUCAGGACGAUGGACGAUGGCGGCUAUUACAUCUCUCCAAAAAUCUCCUUCCCCGACAUCGGCAGCAUCAUCAAACACUACCGCAACAAAGCGGACGGCCUGUGUCGUAAACUGGAGCGUGCGUGCGUGAAACCCAAAGCUCAGAAGCCGUGGGAUAAAGACGCGUGGGAGAUUUCUAAAGAUUCCAUCGGGAUGGUGAGGAAGCUCGGAGCGGGCCAAUUCGGAGAAGUCUGGCUGGCUCACUACAACAAUGCCACCACAGUGGCGGUGAAGACGCUUAAGCCGGGCACCAUGACGGUGGAGGCCUUCAUGGAGGAGGCCAACGUAAUGAAGACGCUGCAGCACGACAGGCUGGUGCGGCUCUACGCCGUCGUCACCAAGACGCCGCCCAUCUACAUCGUCACGGAAUACAUGGCGAAUGGGAGCCUGCUGGACUUCCUGAAGAGCGACACCGGAUGCAGGCUGCUGUUCCCCAAGCUCAUCGAUUUCUCAGCGCAGAUAGCCGAGGGCAUGGCGUACAUCGAGAAGAAGAACUACAUCCACCGAGACCUGAGAGCAGCCAACGUCCUGGUGUCGGAGAGUCUGCUUUGUAAGAUAGCUGAUUUUGGACUGGCAAGAAUCAUCGAGGACGACGAAUACUCUGCCAGAGAGGGAGCCAAAUUCCCCAUCAAGUGGACCGCUCCAGAGGCCAUCAACUACGGCUCCUUCACCAUCAAGUCGGACAUGUGGUCCUUCGGAGUUCUGCUUUUCGAGAUCAUAACCUACGGGAGAGUCCCGUACCCAGGCAUGACCAAAGGGGAGGUGAUGUCCUCGGUGCAGCGCGGCUACCGGAUGCCUCGGCCCGACGACUGCCCCGCCGAGCUCUACGACAUCAUGACGUCGUGCUGGAAGCACGCGCCUGAGGACCGGCCCAGAUUCGAGUACAUGCAGAGCAUCUUGGACGACUUCUACACGGCCACGGAGGGGCAGUAUCAGCAGCCGUAGAGGGGAGAGUUAGACAUUAUGUUCGGGGGUGCUGUAAUACAAUAUAUUUCUUUACUAUUUGCCGUUCAUGCGGGUUGUGGAUUCUUAGUCAUGUUCUUGGAGUCUCGAGCCAAAAGCGUUCAAAUAUGAGCACCAAAUAGAUUUCGUUUUAUGUUUGUGUACGGAGGGACGGAAACUAAUGACAUUGCACAAAGAGGCACUGAAGGAGGAUCGGUGUCGUAGAUAGAUAGAUAGAUAGAUACAUAUAUGGAUGGAUGGAUGGAUAGAGAGAUAGAUGGUUGGUUGGAUGGAUAGAUAGAUAGAUACAUCAAUAGAUAGAUGGAUGCAGAUAAAGAGAGAAAGAUAGAUAUAUAUUAAUCCAGCAAAGGUAUGUUUCUACGCUACAGCAGCACACUUACUGACAGGUUAAAACGUUUUAAAAAUGCACAGUAGGCUAUAUACAAAAAAGCAUAGAAUAAGAAAAAUGCACAAUAUAUAUAGAACAAAUAUAAUAAUAAUAUUACAUGAACGAACCACAAGAAACAGUACUGCAAACAAAUAAAGAUGUUAUCGUUGAGUGAU